UACUAAGAGGGGACAAUGACUGAGCCCAGCAGCAGGAAAGAAGGAUUUAAAAAAUGCAGGAGUGCCACUUUCAGCAUUGACGGUUUUAGCUUUACCAUAGUUGCAAAUGAAGCUGGAGACAAAAAUGCAAGACCUUUGGCGAGAUUUGCAAGGUCCAAGUCUCAGAACAGCUUAUGGAAUAGCAUUAUUAGCGGACUGAAUCUCAAAGAGAAACAGAAGCCAUCAAUUGCCACCGAUCCUCGCAGCCCUGAAGAGAUUUUAGCCGAUGAACUGCCACAGAUUGAAAGCCCAGACGCAAUUCCGAAAGCAUCGAUCAGGUUACGAUGUUUGGUAAAACAGCUGGAAAGAGGAGAAGCAUCUGUGGUAGACCUGAAAAAGAAUCUGGAAUAUGCAGCGACUGUGCUUGAGUCAGUUUAUAUUGAUGAGACAAGACGUUUACUGGAUACAGAAGAUGAACUCAGUGACAUCCAGUCAGACUCAGUCCCCUCAGAAGUGCGGGACUGGCUCGCCUCUACAUUUACCCGACAAAUGGGGAUGAUGUUAAGGAGAACAGAGGAGAAGCCGCGGUUUCGAAGCAUUGUUCAUGCAGUGCAGGCUGGGAUAUUUGUGGAAAGGAUGUACAGACGAACGUCGAACAUGGUUGGGCUCAGUUAUCCCUCUGCCGUCAUUGCUGUUUUAAAGAAUGUUGACAAGUGGUCCUUUGAUGUAUUUGCACUAAAUGAUGCUAGUGGCGAUCAUGCACUUAAAUUCAUCUUUUAUGAAUUACUCACACGAUAUGAUCUGAUCAACCGCUUCAAGAUACCAAUCUCUGCACUUGUAUCGUUCGUGGAGGCGCUGGAAGUCGGAUAUACCAAACAUAAAAAUCCAUAUCACAACCUGAUUCAUGCAGCAGAUGUGACACAAACUGUUCAUUACUUUCUCUUUAAGUCAGGGUUGGCGCACUGGCUCACAGAACUGGAGAUAUUUGCAAUGAUUUUUGCUGCUGCAGUCCACGACUAUGAGCACACCGGCACUACAAACAACUUCCACAUCCAAACAAGAUCAGAUUCAGCUAUUUUAUACAAUGACCGAUCUGUACUUGAAAAUCACCAUGUAAGCGCAGCAUAUCGCCUGCUUCAGGAUGAUGAGGAAAUGAACAUACUGUAUAACCUUUCCAAGGAUGACUGGAGGGAAUUUCGGGCUUUGGUGAUUGAGAUGGUGUUGGCCACAGAUAUGUCCUGUCACUUCCAACAAAUCAAAGCAAUGAAGAAUGCUUUGCCGCAGCCAGAAGGGAUUGACAAGCCAAAAGCCUUAUCCCUGCUAUUGCAUACAGCAGACAUAAGCCAUCCAGCUAAAAACUGGGACCUCCAUCAUCGGUGGACCAUGUCCCUUCUAGAAGAAUUCUUCAGACAGGGGGACAAAGAAGCAGAACUUGGCCUUCCAUUUUCUCCACUGUGCGAUCGCAAUUCAACAAUGGUUGCCCAAUCCCAAAUAGGUUUCAUUGACUUCAUUGUGGAGCCUACAUUUACCGUGUUAACAGACAUGACAGAAAAGAUUGUAAUUCCACUCAUUGAUGAGGCAUCACGGUCUGGGCUCGCGGGAUUUAGGAGAUCUAGUUUGAACAGCAUAACCCCCUCAGAAGUUAAAAGAUCGAGUGUGAAGAGUACUGGAUCAGAAGGAAGUGCCUCUUUGAACUGUUCUAUUCUCACUGUGGACUUCAAAUGUUUUAAAAAUACCUGGUAUGAAGUGGUACAACAGAACAGAGAAAAGUGGAAGGCACAGGCAGCCAAAGAUGCAGAAGAAAGAGCAAAAAAAGAUGCAGAAGAAAACAAGCAGCAAGAUAAAGACGAUAAAAAGAAUGAUGACAGAGAAGACAAAAAUGAAAAUGACAAAUCUUCACAAUCCAAACACGAGGCAAAUAAAGAAACAAACUCCAGUGAUGGUAAACAAACUGAAUCUAGUCAGGGAAAUAUUAAUGGGACUCGAUUACCAAAUGUAAACAGACGAGACGAUUCCUCAGGACAAAGUCAAAUGAAGCAAGAGAAGCCUGGUGAAAGUGACGGGAAACAGCAAGGGCAAAAUGAUAAAGAAGAAUAAAAGAGAAUUCCAAUAAAUUACAUCAUUUUAGCUGUGCUUCUUCAUUCUAUUCCUACUUCCACAAAGACAAGUCUCUUGGAAAUACAAGGCAUUAGCUUUAUAAGCAAGGCAUCCAAUGGCUCCUUUACACAUAAAGACUAGUUUUUUUUUUUGUGUAUUUUUUUUAACGCUCUCCUUUUUUCUUGAAACAAAUAUAAAACUGACUUGGCUUUUUACACAACAGGCAAAAUUAGCGGAGGUGGUGGGGGGGGGGGGGACACUACAGCAUUGGUUAUAACAAUAUGUUGGGGCUUAGGAACCCUUCGGUGAACUCAAUGAGCAUUCACACAUUUCAAAACGUGCACUACCAUACUCAUUUUGGAAGCGUAAAUUCAUGUGUCCUAGAAAUCUAAAGUUUGUUUACGCAUGUGCUUGUUUUAGCCAAACUAAAGGAUGACCAUCCUGCACUUAAAGCAGAACUUCACAAAACCAAGGCUCUGCACCACGGCUUUACAUGUGCUUCACAGGGUUCAACACUGUCUACUAGAGUGUUCUUAUUUGUAUGUACAAGAGAUAUGUUGGGGUUGAUUUGAUCAAUAACGGCUUAAAUUUAUUAUUUUUUCAUAAUGUGUAUUUGGUAAAAAAAAACUAAAAAACUCAAUUACAGCCCAUGUAAUGUUUCAUUUAAUGUAGAUAAAGGUCAUUUACAGAUUAACAUUUCAAAGUCUUCCAUAACUAUUGGUUUUUUAAGGCAAAGCAUGCUGGGAAAUGCUGUUUCCUGUAUCUCAUCUUUAUACUUUUGCCAAUGCACUGCUGAAAUGGUGGGAAGAAGAAAGUUGGAUUCAAAUGGACAUUAUGGACUAAACCUGUUCUUAGCUUUAGCGCUUAUUAUUUUUAUACAUUUUCUUCUAAUAUUUAUCACAAUUUGCUGUACUACUUCCUUACAGAAAAUGAUAUUUUUUUUCUUUAAAAUGAUUUCAAGUGGGUAGCCCUUAUUGCACAAUAAUAGUUACUAAUAAGAGUUGCAUAUGCUUGGAAUACUUAUUCAGUUGCAACUCAAUGGCAUUGCUGCAUGUAGUACUGCUGCUGCUGUUCUCUGACCUUCAAUGGGGCCUAUGUGGUAAAUGGUGCAGAUGACCGAUCGAUCAGAUUGAUGGCAUACAUGUAAAUACGGCCUUUCAGCUACUAUUUGACUACAGUCUUCAAUAAGUUUUUGUGGGCAUAUCACUACACAGUAUCUAGCCAAGAAAACACAUGGGGAAAAUGUACUAAAAACCAAGCUUCAUUGCCCCCUCCCAUAGACAUGAAUGGAGGGGGUGUGGGGUGAUGUCACGAGAAAACGUGGCGUGACGCCAGGACCAUGCCCAUCCGCACCAAGCGUGCUGAACAUAAUGUUCAGAACACCGGGUGCUGCACGGAGAUCGAGGGUGGUCCCAGAGGCUGGAUCCCUGCUAUCAGAUGUCUUAUUAGGGAUACGAUAUCUAGAAGUAAAAUUCUGCUGGAAUGAGUUAGAUGCACCAGAUGUACUUUGAGGUGUUAAUAUAUUUGUUUCAUAUUUGGUUAUCCAUUCACGUUUAAAGAAAGUCUCACUAGCAAUGUGCUGAGCUAUAAUUUAUGCCAAUUUUUGGUGUUAAUUAUAGUCAAUUUUUUGGGCUGCUGGAAGCCAUGCUUCUCCAAGUGGGCCCAAGCAACUGUUUCUAAAAGUAGAUCUAAUGGUGCAGAAUUUGCAAAAACAAACAAUUUUGCACAAAAGACUUUGCUAAACGUUGCAACUUUUGUAUUAUAAAACAAUUACCAUAAAAAAUAGUUAUUUAUUUUGCAGCUGUUAUAGUCUACCCUACUAAAAUGAUCUGUAUCUACAACGUUUAGGCAAAAGUUAGUUCAUUUUAGAAUUAUAAAUACAUUCAUUGCCUCUAUAAAUAGUUCUAUCUAGUUACAUACGGUAGCUCAGUCACAGAAAAGAAAACUUUGCAUUGAUGAUCUGAUGGAAGAACCUGCUUCAGUGUGCUCAGUAAUGUGUUGUUAAUGUAAAACCUUAUGGCGUCAUAAGUAUUUUAUUUCCUACAUAGUCAAUUAGCCAAAGAGAAUUAAUAAUUCUAGAAUGUACAUUAGACUAGGUUUACAUAUUAAGAUUCUAAUCCUUAGCAGAGAAUUAUUGUGGGAUGGUCAUAUGAGCUGGCCAUUUCUAAAAUAUUUUUUUAACAGUAAGCUAUUUUUUUUUAUUUUAUAUACAAUCAUUUAUUUUAUAUGUUUACAUCACUAAAGCCCUGUUCACACUACCUACCUGUCUUCUCUUUGCAAAGAGUUUGAGAGAUCCAAAAAUUAAACUGACAGCAGAAAAAGUUAUAAGAAACAAACAUAAGUCGCCUGAUAAGUUUCUCGCUGCUACAGAGGUGUAUCCAUGUGAUCAUUACAAUCAAUCACAGGCAUCAGCGGUCCUGUGACAUAUACUCUAGCACUACCACUGUGGCUGUGAUUGGUUGCAGCAGUAAUAUGGAAAUAUAGGGGGUCAAGUUUAGUUUAUUAAAGGGAUUUUCUGGCACUCUGUGAUCAUCUGAUUGGCAGAGAGCUGACACUCAGCAACCACCCCCCACCAAACGAUAAGCUGUCCAGCAGAGCCGCUGCACCCUCCUGAGGAUAGAACAUCAAUUGUCCCACAAACCCUUUAAAGGGGUACUCCGCCCCUAGAAAUCUUAUCCCCUAUGCAAAGGAUAGGGGAUAAGAUGUCUGAUCUUGGGGUUCCCGCUGCUGGGGAACCCUGCGAUCUCUGCUGCAGCACACAAGACAUCCGGUGCACAAAGCGAACUUCGCUCCCUGACGGUUGACUUUCCUGAUGCCCCCUCCCAUAGACUUGCCUUGAGGGGUGUGGCCGUGACAUCACGAGCGUGGCGUGGCCGUGAUGUCACGAGCCUCCGACACUGCACAUGACGCUCUAAACGAACGCCGGGUGAGGUAGGGAGAUUGCGGGGUUCCCAAGCAACAAGACUCCCACGAUCAGACAUCUUAUCCCCUAUCCUUUGGAUAGGGGAUAAGAUGUGUACGGGCGGAGUACCCCUUUAAACUCUUAGACAUCCUCUUUAGCAAAGGAAUGACCAGUAAGCUAGAUCCAUUUUCUAACAAUUCCUGAUUAAUCCUAUUCAUAAUUGAGUCCUUUGAGUUUUUGUCAGAGUUCCAGUGUUUUUCAUAGCAAAAAGCAUCACUGAAACUGGGGGAAUUUAACCCCUUAAGGACACAUGACGUACUGGAAUGUCAUGUGUCCGCUCCCGAUCUAUAAAGCGGGGCCACGGCGGGUCGGGCCCGGCCUCUAACAAUGGCCGGGACCCGUGGCUAAUAGCGCGCGGCAUUGAUCGCGGUGCUGCGCGCUAUUAACCCUUUAGACGCGGCGUUCAAAGCUGAACGCCGCGUCUAAAGUGAAAGUAUGCUGGUUAGCUCAGUGGGCUGUUCGGGAUAGCCGCGGUGAAAUCGCGGCAUCCCGAACAGCUUACAGGACAGCAGGAGGGUCCCUACCCUCCUCCUCGCUGUCCGAUCGCCAAAUGACUGCUCAGUGCCUGAGAUCUAGGCAUGAGCAGUCAAGCGGCAGAAUCAUCGAUCACUGGUUUCCUAUGAGAAACCAGUGAUCAAUGAUAAAGAUCAGUGUGUGCAGUGUUAUAGGUCCCUAUGGGAGCUACAACACUGCAAAAAAAAGUGAAAAAAAAAGUGAAUCAGGAUCAUUUAACCCCUCCCCUAUUAAAAGUUUGAAUCACCCCCCUUUUCCCAUAAAAAAAAAACACAGUGUAAAUAAAACUAAAAAUAAACAUAUAUGGUAUCGCCGCGUGUGGAAAUGUCCAAAUUAUAAAAAUAUAUCGUUAAUUAAACCGCACGGUCAAUGGCGUACGCGCAAACAAAUUCCAGAGUCCAAAAUAGUGCAUUUGUGGUCACUUUUUAUAUCAUGAAAAAAUGAAUAAAAAGCGAUCAAUAAGUCCCAUCAAUGCAAAAAUGGUACCAUUAAAAACUUCACGGCGCAAAAAAUUAGCCCUCAUACCGCCCCAUACGCAGAAAAAUAAAAAAGUUAUAGGGGUUAGAAAUGACCAUUUUAAACGUAUUAAUUUUCCUGGAUGUAGUUAUAAUUUUUUCCAGAAGCACGACAAAAUCAAACCUAUAUAAGUAGGGUACCAUUUUAAUCGUAUGAACCUACAGGAUAAAGAUAAGGUGUCAUUUUUACCGAAAAAUGUACUACGUAGAAACGGAAGCCCCAAAAGUUACAAAACGGCAAUUUUGUCUCACAAUGAUUUUUUUUCCGUUUCACCGUAGAUUUUUGAGCAAAAUGACUGAUGUCAUUACAAAGUAGAAUUGGUGGCGCAAAAAAUAAGCCAUCAUAUGGAUUUUUAGGUGCAAAAUUGAAAGAGUUCUGAUUUUUUAAAGGCAAGGAGCAAAAAAACGAAAAUGUGAAUAAACCUAUGAUUGUUCAUUUUGAGUAAAAUUGUUCAAAAUAUGUCUAUUUCUAAGUCUAUUCUGUUUUGCCAAUUAGAUUCACUAGAUCCUAGAGGUCAGGACAUUGUAAAAGAUAAAAAUCAGCUGUUCUUAUCAGAAGAAAACAAGAAUUUCUGCAUUUGUCACAUUGUUCUUACGAUCUUGAUUUCAAGGGCCGUUUGCACAUUUCCAUCUACGGGCUCCACUGAAUGUCAGCAAUGACUACACUGGUCACACACAAGUAAAUACAUAUUUUUCUAGCUGGCUGUCUAAGCUAAAUCUAUUUAUAAUAAUGUGGAUAUCAAGUCUAUAACUAUUGAAACACAGAACAACAAAUUUAGUGAUGUAUGCCAGGCUCACAUAAUGUUUAUCUGUUUAUAGACAAAAAUAAACUUUUUUUUAGAGAGA